AUGGAGAAAAGAGAGCAAGCAAAUGUCGAUAGUAAGAUACCAGGACGUCAUUUUCACCUUCCAUUCGAAUUCAAUGAUACAAAUAGACUUGGACCAUGGGAAAUUCUGCUCAGCGAAAGCACGAUUAAAGACAUACGGGAAAUGCUGUAUAACGAAGACUUUAAUGAUAUGCAAAUAGGGUUACCUCUCAAGAUUGAAAUAGUCAUGAAAAAACUUAGGCAAAUAUCAUCCGGGGCAUGGAAAAAGUUUGGCCUCCAACGUGAGGCUUCAUCUCACAAUAUUCCUGUCUACGAAGUGGAGCUCCCUACAAACAACUUGAAAAUUCUCUGGCAAGUUGACUAUGGAUUCUCUAUCCAUAUAGAUUCGUUCACGCAACACGUAAAGGUCUGGGCUGUCACCGCAAGCCAAAAACAGAUUAACAAAACUUUAAAAGCCCUUAAAAGUGUUCAUGAAGUCUACACUUCCGAACAUAUUCGUCGGUGCGCAAUACAAGUGAUGAGAAAAGACAAUGUCGUUUUACCGGAAUGUUUUGUAGAUGGGGGAACGAGGUUCAAAGAAGAAUUGGAUGAUGAGAAAUUAUUAGAAGCUCAUAAAAUGUUUGUUACAAACAAAUUUAUUCCUAUAUCAAGGGAUUUGUUCAAGUCGCUCGCUUUUCUAGUAUCCAAGACUGAAUACGAGAUAAUUAACGAUCCUUCGUCGGCGGUCGUUUUUGGUCGAUCAGGGACCGGCAAGACUACAUGUAUCGUAUUUAGACUGCUCAUUUCAUAUUUAAAAAGCCAACUUUACAAGACACCAUCUUUGCAUAUCGAUAACGAGAAUUUUUAUAAAAGACAAAUAUUUAUUACGUUGAAUCCCAUUCUAUGCUUGCGAGUCAAGAAAUAUUUCAAACAAUUGCAAAAAUCGGCGGAACUUGCUGGAGAGACGAUUUCGAAAGCUCAGUUUAUUGCGUGGAAGAAAGAAUGCGGUAGUAGCAAGACAUUUGAUGACAAUAACAUGCAUGAGGAGGACGAUGUGAAAAAAAUUCUUGGUGAAAUACCGAACUCGUUCCGUCUACUGACGGACCAGCAUUUUCCAUUAUUCAUUACUUAUGAAAAGUUUUCAGAAAUGCUUCUGGGGACUUACGGUAUUGACGCUCGAAUGUUGACCACGAAGCAAAAACAAAAGCAUAAUGCUGAUAAUGACAAUGCAUAUAAUGAGGAGGAAUACCGCUUUUGGUCUCCCUUUGCAAACGCUUCGUGGGCUACCUUUGUUGACUACGAUUUAUUCGAAAAAAAGUAUUGGCGUAAUUUCGGUCAUCAUUAUAGUAAUAAUCUGGAUUGCGAGCUGGUCUACUCUGAGUUUUCUAUUAUCAAGGGCACGAAUACUGAGGUAGACUACCUAUCAAGGGAAGAAUACCGUUCUCUUAGUACCAAGAAAUACCCAGCAUUUUGUCACAAUCGUGAUACGAUUUAUAAUAUAUUUGAGCGAUAUGAAAAGAUGAAGGCGCGGAAUUAUGAUUUUGAUUCAGUGGAUCGAACUUUAGCUAUAUUACGUGCAACCGAAACGAAAGUGUUCGGUGGCCCGCACAUUCAUGAAGUAUACAUUGAUGAAUGUCAGGAUAACCGGAUCAUAGAUUACGAGCUUAUCUUGAAACUCUUUGGCCACGCUGAAAGUAUUUUUCUGGCAGGAGAUGUAGCGCAAUGCAUUGCCCAAGGACUUAUAUCAAUUGAUUUACGAGCGUGCCAAUUAUUUAAACCAAAAAUGUUCGAAUUAAACAUUAAUUACCGCUCUCACAAAGGGAUUCUUCAACUAGCUUCGUCAAUAAUUCAUCUCCUCCGGGUAUUCUUUCCUGAUUCUAUCGACCAGCUGUCACCUGAAAUCAGUGAGGUUGGUGGUCCACAACCUAUCAUCAUCGAGGGUUGUGAGGCUGAAACCCUGUUUAUUUAUAGAAAGGAUGACAAAAAGGAAGAUGUAUUUAUUGAAUUUGGAGCUGACCAGGUCAUUAUCGUACGUGAUGAAUCUUCUAAAAAGCGUGUGAAAGAUAUAUACAGUGAUAUUGGAUUGGUUUUGACUGUCUUCGAGGCCAAAGGUAUGGAAUUCAAUGAUGUGCUAUUGUAUAAUUUCUUUACCGAUUCUCCCGCACAUUUAAAGUGGCAAGUGAUUCUCUCCGAUUUGGAUGACAAUUCAGAAUGGAUUCGGAAAUUCUCUUCCGAGAAGCAUUAUAUUCUUUCCUCGGAACUCAAACAUCUCUAUGUUGCCAUAACCAGAGCCAGAGAGCAUCUCUGGAUUUUUGAUGAGGAUGCUAAGUUGAGUGAAUCAAUCCGUACGUACUGGGUACGCAAAAAGCUAGUGAAAGUAACGAAUGGAAUCGACGUCUCGAAAUUGACUAAGACAAGUAGCUCGUAUGAGUGGAAUCGUGAGGGAAGAAUGUUUUUUGAGCAACGGAAUUAUGAACAGGCUAUAUUCUGUUUUAAAAAAAGUAGAAAUGAGGAAGGCGAAAAUUUAGCCCAUGCGUAUUAUCUUCAACAAGUUGCCAGGACUUCCGUCGUAACCGGUUCUGAUGAAAAAACAGUGAAUAACAAUUUUAAAUCUGCCGCUCGAGCCUUUGAAGAAUGUUCCCGGAAGCCACAGGCAGCUUCAUGUUAUGAGAGCAUAAGAAUGUAUAAAAAAGCUGGUAAUUUAUAUUCUGAAUCAGAAAUGUUUGAGGAUGCCGCACGUUGCUAUCUAGCGGUCAAUAUGUGGGACGUAGCAGGUGGGUAUUUUGAAAAGGCGAAUAAAUACGAUGAAGCAGCCAUUGCCUACAAAGAUGGCAAUCAUUACGAUAUGGUAGCUGAUUUGAUUCAAAGGCACAGACUAGACAUCAACGAUAAAACGAUCUGUCAACUCACUAACCACUUUCACAAAGAAGCCGAAAAUCAUCUUUCGCAAAAUAAGUUUGAAGAGACAGCCGAUAUGCUUCAAUACAUAUUACGUCUAUGCAGAAUUAUUGUGCUUGAAGAGAUAAUUGCAAAUUUCACAAGCUCUAGUAUCAUGCAAGAAUUAUGUAAACUACAAACCAAAGCGGCUAAGACUAUUUCAAAAUUUCAAUCUGAACGAUCGAAAAGUCUGGUGGAAGAAUCGCGGUUAUAUAUUUCUUAUUUUAAUAAGGAUCUCAAUGUUUAUGAUGUGGUAACUGAUUUGAUUCAAAUGCACAGACAAGAAAUCAAUGAUGAAAUGAUCUGUCAACUCAGUACCCACUUUCACAAAAAAGCCGAAAACCUUCUUUCAUAUAAUAAGUUCGAAGAGACAGCUGAUAUGCUUCAAUACCUAUUACGCCUAUGUAGAAUUAUUGUACUGGAAGAGAUAAAUACAGGUUUCACAAGCUAUAGUAUCCUGCAAGAAUUAUGUAAGCUCCAAAUCGAAGCGUUCAAGACUAUGUCAAAAGUUCAAUCUAAACGUUCGAAGAUUCUGAUGGAAGAAUCAAAGUUAUACAUUGCUUAUUUAAAUAAUGAUCUCAAUAUUUAUUAUGUGGUAACUGAUUUGAUUCAGAGACACCGACAAGAUAUCAACGAUGAAACGAUCCGUCAAUUCAGUAUCCACUUUUAUAACACAGCAAAAGAACAUCUUUCGCAUAAGAUGUUCGAUGAGGCAGCCGACAUGCUUUAUUACCUAUUACGCAUAUGCAGAGUUAUUGUAUUGGAAGAGGUAAUUACAGGGUUCACAAGCUCAAAUAUCCUGCAGGAAUUAUGUAAACUCCAAAUCAAAGCGGCCAAGAUUAUUUCAAGAGUUCCAUCUGAUCGGUCGAAGAAUCUGAUGGAAGGGUCUCAAUUAUAUAUUUCUUAUUUAAAUAAGGAUCUAAAUAUUUAUGACAUAAUAACUGUUUUGAUUCAGAGGCACCGACAAGUUAUCAACGACGAAACUAUCCGUCAACUCAAUAACCACUUUCGCAAAAAAGCUGAAAAGCUUCUUUCGCAAAAUAAGUUCGAGGAGGCUGCCGACAUGCUUAAUCGUUCGGUUGAUAAUGACGAUAAUAUAUUACUUGCGUCUCAGCAUCUAUUACGCCUUUGCAGAGACAAUGUACUUAAAGAGAUUAUUGCAGGCUCUAGUACCCAGCAGGAAUUAAGUAGACUUCAAUUCAAAGCGGCCAAGGCUAUCUUAAAAGUUAAAAUUCAAUCUGACCGAUCGAAUAAUCUAAUGGAAGAGUCUCAGUUAUAUAUUUCUUAUUUAAAUAAGGAUCUCAAUAUUUAUGAUAUAGUAACUGAUUUGAUUCAGAGGCACAGACAAGACAUCAACGAUGAAACUAUCCGUCAACUCAAUAACCACUUUCGCAAAGAAGCAGAAAAGCUUCUUUUGCUUAAUAAGUUCGAAGAAGCUGCAGACAUGCUUAACCAUUCUGUAGAUAAUGACGAUAAUGUAACUGAUGCGUCUCAGUGCCUAUUGCGCCUAUGCAGAGUUAUUGUAUUAGAAGACAUAACUACAGAUUUCACAAGUUCAUGUACCCUGCAGGAAUUAUGUAGGCUCCAAUCCAAAGCGGCCAAGGCUAUCUCAAAAAUUACAAUUCAAUCUAAACGAUCGAAGAAUCUGAUGGAAGAGUCUCUGUUAUAUAUUUCUUAUUUAAAUGAGGAUCUCAAUAUAUAUGAUCUGAUGAUUGAUUUGAUUCUGAGACACCGACAAGAUAUCAACGAUGAAACGAUUCGUCAGCUUAGUAUCCACAUUCAAAAAGAAGCAGAAAAACUUCAUUCGCAUAACAAGUUCGAAGAGGCUGCCGAUAUUCUUCAGUAUCUAUUACACCUAUGCAGAAUUAUUGUACUGGAAGAGAUAAAUGCAGGUUUCAUAGGCUCAAGUAUCCUGCAUGAAUUAUGUAAACUCCAAACUGAAACGUUUAAGACUUUCUCUAAAGAUCAAUCUAAACGUUCAAAGGUUCUGAUGGAAGAAUCACAGUUAUAUAUUUCUUAUUUAAAUAAUGAUCUCAAUAUUUAUGAUAUAAUAACUGAUUUGAUUCAGAGGUACAGACAAGACAUCAAUGAUGAAGUGAUCUGUCAACUCAGUACCCACUUUCACAAUGAAGCAGAAAAACAUCUUAUGCACAAUAAGUUCGAAGAGGCAGCCGAUAUGCUUCAGUAUUUAUUGCGCCUAUGUAGAGUUAUUAUCAUGGAAGAGAUAAUUACAGGUUUCGCAAGCUCAAGUAUUCUGCAUGAAUUUUAUAUGCUUCAAACCGAGGCAUUAAAGACUAUCUCAAAAGUUCAAUCUGAACGAUCGAAAAGUCUGAUGGAAGAAUCGCGGUUAUAUAUUUCUUAUUUUAAUAAGGAUCUCAAUAUUUAUGAUAUGGUAACUGAAUUGAUUCAGAGACUAGACAUCAACGAUAAAACGACCUUUCAACUCAGUAUCCACUUUCACAAAAAAGCCGAAAACCUUCUUUCAUAUAAUAAGUUCGAAGAGGCAGCCGAUAUGCUUCAGCACCUAUUACGCCUAUGCAGAAUUAUUUUACUGGAAGAGAUAAUUACAGAUUUCACUAGCCCAAGUAUCCUGCAGGAAUUAUGUAAGCUCCAAAUCGAAACGGCAAAGACUAUUUCAAGAGUUCAAUCUAAACGAUCGAAGAAUCUGAUGGAAGAGUCUCUGUUAUAUAUUUCUUAUUUAAAUAAGGAUCUCAAUAUUUAUGAUAUGGUAACUUAUUUGAUUCAUAGACACAGACAAGACAUCAACGAUGAAACUAUCCGUCAACUCAAUAACCACUUUCGCAAAGAAGCUGAAAAACUUCUUUCGCAAAAUAAGUUCGAGGAGGCUGCCGACAUGCUUAACCGUUCGGUUGAUAAUGACGAAAAUAUAAUUAAUGCGUCUCAGUACCUAUUAAGCCUUUGCAGAAUUAAUGUGCUGAAAGAGUUGAUUACAGAUUUCACAAGCUCAAGUGCCCGGCAGGAAUUAAGUAGGUUCCAAUCCAAAGCGGCAGAGACUAUCUCAAAAGUUCAAUCUUCGCGAUCAAAGAUUCUGAUGGAAGAGUCUCUGUUAUAUAUUUCUUAUUUAAAUAAGGAUCUAAAUCAAGUUCACGAGUGCAGAAAAUUUUUCAUGAAGCAUGAAGAGUUUUUCACUGAGUUUCUUGCGGUUAUAUUAUGGCUGCAAAUCCCCUCACCAUCUGAAUUUAAUAUCAAGUAUUGGGAUGAGCGGUUACAGUGUUUGUUAAGACUGUGUAAAUUGGCCUUUCCUUAUAUAUCCCCACAAAAAAAUGUCGACAUUGCAAAAAUCUCGAAAGGAUUCGAGAAUAUUUUUUUAUGUUUUGGGAACAAAACAAAAAUCCCUCAGAAGUUGAAUAUUUUUUCUUACGACCCUCUUUAUGUCCUUUUGGACAUCAAGAUUAUAAAUAAAGAAAAUGAAGAAGCAAUUCUAGACAGUUGGAAGGUUUUUGACGUGGAUGUUGUGCAUCAGACAAUUUCACAGUUCCUCAUCUCAUAUAUCUACAAGCUUAUUUCGAAAAUCGAUCAGGAUGGUAGAGCUAAACCGAAUAUAGCUUCAAUAAUCUGCUUUAAUUAUGCUUCAUCGAGUAUUUCAAAUUACCGAAUGCAUUACGUAACUUCGACAUCAUUACUUCUGUUCCAGCGUCUAAAACUUGCAAGACUUCAAUACACUGUGGUGCGACAGUUGAAUGUAUUAUUUCGUCAUGGACUUCUUAAUGUAGAAAGAAAAGCAUUCCUUGCUUCACAAAAAUGGUGGGCUAAAAAUCUGGUUAAAUGUCAUAUGCGCUAUCAAUCACCGCAUACAAGAUGCCCAGAAGUUACUUCCAUGGCUCUUGCCAAACUUCCUAUUCGCAUUCGUGAUGACCUUAUAAAUGAAGCUUACAAGACAUGGUUAGCUAAGAAGUCCAAGAAUGAGGUUAUGGUCAAAUUUAAUCUGGCUUCAUCCAAUGCUUUUGGAGAUCUUACUUCUCUCAUGGGAUUUGAAACCUCUUUGAUUUUCACAGUUGGUCAAGUAUAUUGCGCAUUUACCGCGUAUCCUUCAUUCUUGAUCGAUAUACUACAGCAUAAAGAACUUCAAUAA